ACGUAUCACGGUAGACAUGGUCUCAUCUGUGCUCCGAUGGAGUAUUUUUAUAUCGAUAUUCUCGUCCGUUUGCUGUUUAAGACGAGAUUAUUUUAUAACUGCUGAGGAACAAUGGUGGGACUAUGCCCCGAGUAAACAGAACCUUGUAACAAACGACAGAACUAUAUCAGACAGACUUAUACAACCACAAGAGGACAGGAUAGGAAGUGUUUAUAAGAAAGUGAUGUUAAAACAGUUCACUGAUGGUUCUUUCCGAAGGGAGAUUAAACCAGCACCAUGGAUGGGAUAUGUUGGGCCUACAAUUAAAGGAGAAACUGGUGAUGUGUUGUAUGUUCACUUCCGGAACUUAGCAUCAAGGCCUUAUGGACUUCAUCCUCACGGUGUACAAUAUUUUAAAGACAGCGAAGGAUCGUUGUACAUGGAUGGCACUUCCGGUAGAGAUAAGUUAGAUGAUGCUGUACCACCAGGACAGACGUAUACAUACAGAUGGUUCAUGCAAAAUACGUUUGCCCCAACAGAAGAUGAUGAGAACUGUAUCCCUGUUGGCUACCAUCCACAUAUCAGAUCACGCAAAGACAUUGAUACGGGGUUGGUUGGGAUCUUACUGAUAUGUAAACCUGGAACAUUGAAUCCAGAUAACUCUAGGAAGGAUGUUGACAGAGAGUUUGUUCUGUAUGCUGAUACCAUCAAUGAAACUAACAGUUGGUUGAUAGACCAGAGCUUAAAUCUAUGUCGAAAUCCACAACGCUGUCGAGAACAUUUCGACCAGAAAAACGUGCCCUUCAUUUCGGACACGUUAAUGUAUACGAUAAACGGGUAUAUUUAUGGAAAUUUGCCUGACUUCCCUGUAUAUGACGGAGAGAAGGUAGCAUUUUAUGCCAUGGGAUUAAACUUGGGACUGCAUGUCUUUGGUGUACAAGGACAAUCAUUUACGUUUAAGCAUACAAGAACGCAUGGUGUUGUAUUUGGUAUAGCAUGGUUUCAAGGGUUAUACAUGACAGCCAGAAAUCCUGGUAGAUGGUUGAUAUUUUGUAAAGUCAACUACCAUUUUAAUCAUGGAAUGGCAGCUUUUGUAAAUGUGAUGCCAAGACCAGGAGUACUGCCGCAAACUACAAUAAGAAGAACACGUCGUUAUUUCAUAGCUGUAGAAGAAAUUGUAUGGGAUUACAGACCAUCUGGUAGAGUAUUGGCGAGAGUUGGUAAAGGUUCAAAUGACAGAUCAAUGACAGAGGAACGAUUCUUCACAAGCGAUGGGGCUGUUGGAGGCCGCUUUGUUAAAGCAGUUUUCAUUGAGUAUACAGACGGAUCAUUUCAAAGACGAAAAAAACGUUGUAAAGACGAGAAACAUUUGGGAAUACUUGGACCACCAGUUAGAGUUGAAGUAGGAGAAAUGUUAGAAAUUAUACUGUUAAACAAAGCAAGCCGGCCUUAUUCCUUUAAUCCAUUUGGUCUUGCAUUCACUAAAGAUAACGAAGGAGCAUUUUAUAAAAAUGAUAGAUACAGCAGCGAAGUCUCCGGUGCCGCAGCAAUGCCUGGACAACAGCGUCGCUAUAUUUUUACUGUACCAUGGGAUUAUGGACCUACAAAAGAAGAUCCACAAUGUGUUACAGAAACGUACCAAUCAUUUGUUGAUUAUGCUAAGGACCAGUAUUCUGGUUUGGUCGGACCACUCCUUAUUUGUAAACCAGGCACUUUAAAUGCCCGUGGAAGGCAGGUAUUGAAGACUUGA